CUUAUGGAGUGUCAUAAGUGGAUUAGAGGAUUUUUGAAAUGAUGAAUAGUCGAUUACUCUGAUAAAAGGCCGGAAUAUAAGUAUGUGCGCUGGAAUGGUGAAAUAUCACAACUUUCAAAAUGAAGUUGAUACUCAUCGGAUUUUUUCUCAUUGCACUUGUAAAUGCAGAAUUACGCGUAGGCUUUAAUUUACCGCCACUAUCUGGACGAAUUGUGGGUGGUUCUGAAGCAUCCAAGGGACAGUUUCCACAUCAAGUGUCAUUACAAUGGGGCAUGCCGCCUUUGAUUAAAAAUAAACACUUUUGCGGAGGAUCAAUUAUUAACGAAUUGUGGAUUCUUACUGCCGGUCAUUGUAUCCUGGCAGUUCCCAGUUAUGGUCAAUUUACUAUAAAAGCCGGUAAACAUUCCCUCAGUUCAACAGAAACUACAGAACAAUCGAUUCAAGCGUUAAAAUCAAUAGUUCAUGAAAAAUACAAGGGUGGUGUCAAUCCUUACGACAUUGCUCUAAUAAAACUGAAAAAACCUUUAACUCUAAAUAAAGCGGUGAAUAUUAUCAAACUUCCAAAACAAGGCUCUGAACAUACCGGUAAAGUAAUUUUAUCCGGUUGGGGAUCAACUUCAACUAUUAACAAUGCAAUAAUGCCUGACACUUUGCAAACAGUAAAACUUCCAUUGGUUGACUUAAGAACUUGCAAAAGUGCCAUUGAAUCUCUUACUGGACCAUCCCCUCUUCAUGAGACAAACGUUUGCACUGGACCCUUGACAGGAGGAACUUCUGCUUGUAGCGGAGAUUCUGGUGGUCCAUUAAUAUCAAACAUCACACCAGGAAGCUCUGAAGUUAUUGGUGUUGUUUCAUGGGGAAUUAUUCCUUGCGGUUCUGUUGGAGCCCCCUCAGUUUAUACCAAAGUUGCGUCUUACGUGGAUUGGAUAAAAAAUACUAUUGAUAGUAAUUCAUGACUUUUAUACUUUUAGUUAUUAUAUUUUCUAUUUUAUAAAACUUGUAAUAAAAAUUUAAUACAAAAAUA